AUGCUGACGCUUAAUGGUGAUAUUAAAGAAUCUCUUGAAACAUUGAAAAAGUCUCAUCCAAAGUACAAGGUAGUUUUCAUGGGAUCACGCCUUUCUGAUCCUGGAAUAGACAAAUUGAACGAGACGGCCUUGACUGAUCCUGACUGGCCUUCUUAUUUACGACUUUUCCCGUUGCUUCAUUGGUCGUACACAGAUGUUUGGAAAUUUUUGCGGGACUUGUGGUUGCCGUAUUGUACGUUGUAUGAUCAAGGAUAUACGUCAUUGGGUAAUAUGCGGGACACUUUGAAGAAUGCUUCGCUGAAAAUCAUUAACCCUGACGGAGAACAAGAUUUCUUGGCAGCAUAUUUAUUAGGUGAUCCCAAAGCUGAAAGAUUUGGACGACGAUUUUCAGACAGAAGGCCGGAAUUUCUUUGA